AUGAGAACUACAAUCACUUUUGCUCUUUACGCCAUCUCCGCUUCUGCCGUCCUCGUUUCUGCUGCUCCUGUUUCUGGAUCAUAUGGAGGGGACGUGUUAGCUGUUAGAGAUGGUGGUUCAGCUUAUACUGGUGCAGGUGGAUCUUCGGUUGGUGGAUCACUUGCGGAGAACAACUCUGCUCAACAAGGUGGUCUUGCAGGUGGUGAUGAUGUUCUUGGUGUCGCUUCUGGAAAUGCAGGUGAUGGUGGUAAAGCUACUUCCGGUACCGCUUUCGGUGGUGUCGGAUCUACCAGCGUUUCCUACGUCAACGGUCAACCCGUCGUCACCACCUCCAACGGUGGAAGUGCUUACUCCGGUGUAGGAGGUAAUACCAACGGUGGUAACAUUAAUCAAAACAAUAAUGCUGGACCUUACUAUGCCAACGGUAGAUGGUACUAUGACAACACCGAUGCUGCUGGUAACUUGGAUGCCUUGAACAUCGCCAGUGGUAACGCCGGUGAUGGUGGUGAUUCUUCAUCCGGUUCCGCUUAUGGAGGUUCUGCUACCCCAGUAGGCGCUUAUGGAUGGCCUGUAAACGGUAACUCCCACGGUCAUGGAUAUUACUAA